AUGGCGACUAUCUCAAAAGACGAAGCCAUCAUCCGCUCCUCUGGCGAAGCCGCCCGCGCCUUCACAGACUGGUACUACACCCAACUCACCGACGGCAAACCCGUUUCCUCCUGCUACGUCAACACCAACGCCAAGUACCUCGCCGCCUCACACCCGCCCGCCGACAUCUGCAUCAACGGCCAAGUCGUCGCCACGCCCGAAGAGUGGGACGCCCUUCUCGAGCAGCAGCGCCUCAUCACUUUUACCCAGCAAAAGGGCAAAGUCAAGUACGAAGUCGAGGGGUUCGACGUGCACGUCAUCAACAAGGAUUACCGGUUUGCUGCGCCCGCGGAGAUCGUGGCUGCUACGGAUGCCAAGAUGAUGCAGAGGACGGAGGAUGCGCGGUUGAUGAUGGUGGUCACGGUGGCUGGGAGUGUGACUUUUGGGGGCAAAGAAAAGGGCACGCCGCCCAAGCAGCAUUUUUCGGAUGUUUUUGUUUUGGUGCCGAAUUGGGAUUAUGUGACGAGGCCCAAGUUCAAGGGGCAUAAGAGGUAUUUGGUUGCUAGUCAUACUUAUAGGGCUUAUUAA